AAAGUCAACAUUGAAGCUUUAGGGCAUUUAGAUUUUUUAUUUUCAACUUUUGCUAAUAACCAAUAAAUAAAUAAAUAAAUGAAAACAAAAGAAAGCAAGCAAGUAAAAAAUCUGAACCGUAAAACAAUAAUAUACGGCUAAGAUCCAUUCUCUAGCGCUCCAGAUCCAAAACAAAUUCAAAAAUCACCAAGUCCCCUUCCAGCCCCUGGCUGUCUCCGAAAUCAAAAUAAAAAAUUAAACAAAACAAGACCCACAAAAUUUAAAUUCCCUCUUCUUUAACGGCUACAUUUCUCUCUCCUACCUCUCUUCACUCUCACUUCUCCUUCUCUCUCGCUAUCUUGCCCUAACCAAACACAAACCCUAACCCUAACCUCUCUUUCCAUCUCUCUCUCUCGCUUUCUUUCUUUCUCGCUGGCUGUAGAAUUUUCAUAUUUUCACGAUGAAGCAUUUUAUGCAACCAAGAAACGCGAUCUUAAGAGAAACGCACGCCAAUGGUGAUCCAUUACAGUCACCAAACCCUAAUUCUCACAAAUCGAAGCCAUCGCCAUCUCCGUCUUCUUCUUCACGGAGGCAUAAAUUGUCUAAAGAAAAUGCUCCGCCGUCAGAUCUGAACUCUAUGCCGUCGUCAUUCUCCGAUCAAAAACCUUCGCCGUCACCUGCGGCCAAAAUGAAGAGUCCGCUACCGCCGAGACCUCCAUCAUCUAACCCUCUCAAGCGGAAACUUUGUAUGGAAACCGUGCCAGAGAACGCCGUUCCAGAUUCUGGCGUUCAGGUAAUUGUGAGAAUGCGACCAGUGAAAAAGGAAGAAGAGGAAGGGGAAAUGAUAGUUCAGAAACUAUCUACUGAUUCUUUGUCAAUCAAUGGACAGACCUUUACAUUUGACUCAGUUGCUGAUACACAAUCCACACAGCUAGACAUUUUCCAUCUUGUAGGAGCCCCCCUUGUUGAGAACUGUCUGGCAGGAUUUAACAGUUCAGUAUUUGCCUAUGGGCAGACAGGGAGUGGAAAGACCUACACUAUGUGGGGUCCAGCUAAUGCCCUGUUAGAAGAGAAUUUAUCCAGUGAACAGCAAGGUUUAACUCCCCGUGUUUUCCAGAGACUCUUUGCCCGCAUAAAUGAGGAGCAAGUUAAACAUGCUGACAGACAACUCAAGUAUCAAUGUCGCUGCUCAUUUCUUGAGAUCUAUAAUGAACAAAUAACAGAUUUGCUGGAUCCAACCCAACGAAACCUCCAGAUAAGAGAGGAUGUGAAAUCUGGUGUCUAUGUUGAAAAUCUAAGAGAGGAGUAUGUAUUUACAAUGAAAGAUGUGACUCAGCUCCUGAUGAAGGGAUUAUCCAACAGGAGGACUGGUGCAACCAGUAUUAAUUCUGAGAGUUCCCGCUCACAUAGUGUUUUCACUUGUGUUGUUGAAUCUCGAUGCAAGAGCAUGGCAGAUGGCAUAAGCAGCUUGAAAACAAGUAGAAUAAAUCUUGUUGAUCUAGCUGGGUCAGAGCGACAGAAAUUAACCGGUGCUGCAGGGGAGCGCUUGAAGGAAGCUGGAAAUAUAAACCGAUCUCUAUCACAGCUUGGGAACUUGAUAAACAUUCUUGCUGAAGUUUCGCAAACUGGAAAGCAAAGACAUAUCCCUUACAGAGACUCCAGGUUGACAUUUUUGUUGCAAGAUUCUCUUGGUGGUAAUGCAAAAUUAGCAAUGGUAUGUGCUGUUUCUCCUGCACAGAGUUGCAAGAGUGAAACUUUCAGUACAUUGCGAUUUGCACAGCGUGCAAAGGCAAUCAAGAAUAAGGCAGUUGUUAAUGAAGAGAUGGAGGAUGACGUGAAUCACUUGCGAGAAGUAAUCCGUCAGCUAAGAGAUGAAUUACAUCGAGUGAAAGCAAAUAGCAGCAACCCUACAGGUUGGGAUACACGAAAAAGUUUGAAUAUACUAAAAAGCCUCAUUCAUCCACAUUCUCACCUGCCUCAAGUAGAUGAGGAUGGUGAUGAGGAGAUGGAAAUUGAUGAGGAAGCUGUUGAAAAGCUCUGCAUUGAGGUUGGACUGCCACCAAUGGGCACUGAAGAUUGCAAUACUGUUAGUGAAAGAUGUAUCCAGAAACAAACUUCUGAGGAUACAGAUGUUGAUAUGGAAGAAGGCAUAUCUGAACUAGUAGAGAAACGUGAAAUUAUGAUUGUUGAUUGUGCUGACCCUGUUAGAACAUCCCAAGGUUCCAACAUUAAUGACAACAUUCAUCAUGAUUUGGUGGAUGUGAAAUAUAAGGAAGUAGUCCAUUUAUCCAUUGAUACAUUUGAUGUAGAUUCCUCUGAGAAGUCCUCUGAGGAAAGGAAUCUCAGCUCCUCAGUUAGUGAAUUGUUGACUGAAGGAUUACCAAGCAAAAUGGGGCAAAUUCGUGCUUCUCGUGCUAUCUCUGAUUGUCAUAGUGGACCUUCUACAGGAGUUUCAGUUGCAUGUGAAGCAAAUGAUUCCCAAAAUGACACAGUGAAUUAUGCAUCACCUUCUAGCCUCAGCAUAGUCCCAUGUAAAGUAUCACCAGUUCUCAAAUCUCCAACUCCAAGUGUUUCACCCAGAAUCAGCAGCAGCAGGAAAAGUCUCCGGACUUCAUCAAUGUUAACAGCUUCCCAGAAAGAUUCUAAGGACGAAAGUAAGGCAAACUUAGAGGAUGCAUGCAGUUCUUUUAUGAAAUCCAUGAAAAGCAGUUCUUCUAAAGCUCUGCCUACUCAGACAAUUAAAAGUUUUCUUGCACCAACAGAGCAUUUAGCAGCUAGCCUCCAUCGAGGCUUGGAAAUUAUUGAUAGUCAUCGCAAGAGUUCAGCAUUCAGGCGAUCAUCCUUUAGGUUUUCAUGUAAACCUGCAGAUUUAAAAUCAAUUUUGUUGGUUGAAAAAGUUGAUGUGGCUGUGCAAACUCUUUUUAAUGACAUACCAGAAGAAGAUCCAGAUUUAUUUUAUUGUAAGAAUUGCAAGAGAAAGAAACUGGAUGACAAAGAUGCUGACGAUAGCUUAAGCUUGCAGUUAGUACCAAUCGAUGGCUCAGAGUCCGCAGAUAAAUCCAAAAAACAAGUGCCCAAGGCAGUGGAGAAGGUUUUAGCAGGAGCCAUCCGCAGAGAAAUGGCUCUGGAGGAGUUUUGCGCCAAACAAAAUUCUGAGAUAAUGCAGCUCAAACGUUUGGUGCAACAGUACAAGCAUGAGAGGGAAUGCAAUGCCAUAAUAGGGGAGACGAGGGAGGAUAAAAUUCUUCGGCUUGAGAGUCUUAUGGAUGGUGUUUUACCUACUGAGGAGUUCAUGGAGGAAGAGCUAGUAUCACUUAUGCAUGAACAUAAACUUUUGAAGGAGAAAUAUGAGAAUCAUCCUGAUGUUUUAAGGACAAAUAUUGAGCUGAAAAGAGUUCAAGAUGAGCUAGAACAUUAUCGAAAUUUCUAUGAUUUGGGUGAAAGGGAAGUGUUAUUGGAAGAGAUCCAAGAUUUAAGAAACCAAUUACAGUACUAUGUUGACUCUUCAUGCUCUUCUGCUCUGAAAAGAAAUUCAAUAUUAAAAUUAACAUAUUCAUGUGAGCCCCAUGUGCCUUCACCUCUUAGCGCAAUUCCAGAGGCAACUGAGGAGAGUGCUGAACUGAAACUUGAACAGGAGAGAGUGCGUUGGACUGAGGCAGAGAGCAAGUGGAUUUUGCUUGCGGAAGAAUUGAGAACUGAACUUAAUGCUAGCAGGACGCUAGCUGAAAAAACAAGGCAUGAAUUAGAGAUGGAGAAGAGAUGUGCAGCAGAAUUGGAGGAAGCAAUGCAAAUGGCCAUGGAGGGACAUGCACGUAUGCUUGAACAGUAUGCAGAUCUUGAGGAAAAACAUAUUCAAUUACUUGCACGACACAGGAAGAUCCAAGAAGGAAUAGAUGAUGUUAAGAAAGCUGCUUCCAGAGCUGGAGUCAGGGGUGCUGAAUCCAAGUUUAUAAAUGCUCUUGCUGCAGAAAUUUCAGCCAUCAAAGUGGAAAGAGAAAAGGAGAGGCGGUAUCUUAGAGAUGAAAAUAAAGCUCUUCAGGCUCAAUUAAGGGAUACUGCUGAGGCUGUGGAAGCUGCGGGAGAAUUACUCGUGAGGCUGAAAGAAGCAGAAGAAGCUGUUGCUGUUGCCCAGAAGCGAGCUAUGGAUGCUGAACAAGAAACGGCAAAUGUCUUUAAACUAAUAGAUAAGUUGAAGAGAAAACAUGAAAGUGAGAUAAGCACUCUCAAUGAGCUUGUAGCAGAAUCUCGUCUGCCCAGAGAAGCAAUAAGGCCUGCUUAUAAUGAUUGUGAAACAGCCAAGUAUGACACCGGUGAACCACUUAGUGAAGGUGAGCGAUGGAGGGAGGAAUUUGAGCCAUUUUAUAAUAAUAAUGGUGAAGAUGGUGAGUUAUCUAAACUCACAGAACCCUCAUCAUGGUUUUCUGGGUAUGAUAGGUGCAACAUAUAGAUAGGUGAAAUAGCAUCAAGAUAAUAUGUAUGUAUUACUAACAGUUCUGUGAAAUAGCCCAAAAGCUGUAGCUUUUUCUGUUUAUUCAGGUGAUACCAGUUCUCACCAUUUGUGAGGGGACCAAUAUAUUGGUUCUCCAAUUUGUAUUGUGCCUUGUAUUAAAAUCCAGAUUCUUGCAGUUCAUAAGAGUUGAAUGAAUGAUUUAUAUUCUUUUUA